AUGCGUGCUGUCCCCAGCCACAGGCUCCCCCUCGCCAUGCUCCUCCUCUGCCUCCUACUGCAGCAGCCGGGCAGCAGUAAGGCAUGGAAGCAGCACGUCCCGCGCCUUCGCCUCGCCUACAAAGAUCUGCUGAAAUCCAAUAGCUCUCGCCUGUUGCUGGCCUCAGGGGACGGGCUGGAUUUCCAAGCCCUCUUGGUGGAUGAAGACAGGGCCUGGCUGAUGGUGGGAGCAAAAAACCACAUCUUCCUGCUCCACCUUGACCAUCCCAGCAGAGAGCCCGAGAAGAUAUUCUGGCCAGCCUCCAGGGAGCAGGUCGAGCGCUGCCAGCUGGCGGGGAAGAAUGUGGAGAUGGAGUGUGCCAACUUCAUCCGCCUCCUCAAGCCCUUCAACAGGAGCCAUGUGUUUGCCUGCGGGACUGGCUCCUACCAACCUGUCUGUGCCUUCAUCCAGCUGGGAGCCAGAGGGAAGGGUCCCGAAGCUCCCCCCAUGCAGUUGGUGACCCACUCCCUGGAAUCAGGGCGAGGACGGUGCCCAUACAGCCCCCAUGAACCCUUCACAGGGCUUCUCAUCGAUGGGGAGCUGUAUUCGGGCACCUCCAGUGACUUCAUGGGCAGCAAUGCUGCCUUCUUCCGGACCUGGGUCCAUGGGGCUGAGCAGAGCUACAUCCGGACAGAGCAGAACCAGGACCACUGGCUACACGAACCCACAUUCGUCAGCGCCUAUGCCAUCCCUGAUACCUACAACCCGCACGACGACAAGGUCUACAUCUUCUUCCGUGAGACAGCCAUGGAAGCUGGGCAGUGGGAGAGGCAGCACAUCCAUGCCAGGGUGGCCCGGGUCUGCAAGAAUGACGUCGGAGGGAAGCGCAGCCUCAUCAACCGCUGGAGCACGUUCCUCAAGGCCCGCCUGGUGUGCUCCAUCCCUGGGCCCCAGGGCACUGAGACCCACUUCGACCAGCUCGAGGAUGUUUUCCUCCUGCACACCCGGGAUCCCCAGAACCCUCUCGUCUUCGGCCUCUUCACAGUCUCCAGCAGUGUCUUCAGUGGCUCUGCAGUCUGUAUGUACUCCAUGGCUGCUGUGAGAGCUGCCUUCAGCGGUCCCUUUGCGCACAAGGAGGGAUUCGACUACGGCUGGGUAGAAUACAAGGGCCGUGUCCCCUAUCCCCGUCCCGGCACGUGCCCCAGUGAAACGUAUGACCCCCUCCUGCAGUCCACCAAGGACUUUCCCGACGAGGUGAUCAGCUUCAUGCGCACCCACCAGCUGAUGUGGGAGAUGGAGAGCCGGCACUAUGAUGUGCUCUUCCUUGCCACAGAUGAAGGUAAAGUCCUGAAGGUGGGGCUGACCAGCGGGGUGAGCCGUGGCACCGAGGUGAUCAGCCUGGAGGAGAUCAGCAUCACUAAGGUGCCUUCUCCCAUCCUGGACAUGAAGUUAUCACCAAAGAGGCAGGAGCUGUUUGUGACCAGCACUCACGGGCUGCUCCAGCUCUCCCUGUACCGCUGCGAGCUCUAUGGCAAAACCUGCACUGACUGCUGCCUGGCCAGGGACCCUUACUGCACCUGGGACAGCGAGACCUGCACCCCUCACCUGCUCACUGAGAAGAGGCGUGCCCGCUGCCAGGACGUGCUAAAGCCUGACCCACUCAGCCAGUGCCAGGACACCGCAGAAGUGACUGCUGCUGUGGAGAAGCUGGUUUUUGGGGUGGAAAAGAACUCAACCUUCCUUGAGUGCCUGGCGCGCUCCCCACAGACAACUGUCCGGUGGCUGGUGCGGCACAGCGAGGAGACAGGCCUGAGUGAGGUCAGGAACAACGGACACUUCUCGGUGCUGGAGCAAGGGCUGCUGAUCCGCCAGCUGGCGAGGGAGGAUGCGGGCACCUACGAGUGCCAGGCAGUGGAGCACUCCUUCUCCCAUCCCCUCACCCGAUACAGCCUCCGCAUCAUCAGGCAUGAAGCCAUGGAGGUGGCACCUUACAAAUGGAGCAAGGGGGCCAAGCUAGGAGGGACCCACCAGAAUCCCCGGGCCCGGAUUAACCUGCAUCUGGGCUACAAGGGCUUUCCACAGGCCCUGGGGGCACCGGGCACCAGCCUGGAUGUCUACUGCAAUGCCCUGCGACACCAGGAAAGGCAGCGGCAGAAAGCUUGGCACCAGAAGUGGCAGCACCCAUCCCCGGACAGCAAGAACAGCCGGGUGCGGAGGCACUCCCAGCCCCUGUGA